AUGAAUUCCACUGGUCGUGUAUGCGCGCGAUGCGCAAAGAUUAAACAGCGCUGUGACGGGGACGCCCCCUGUUCCCGCUGCGCUCGCCUGGGACAUAUCUGCGAACCACAACGACCGGGCGGAAAAGUAGAUCCCAAAACCAUCGCCUAUCGACGCCCUCGAGCGUCCCGAUCACGCGGUGGUUGCCUGUCCUGCAAGGCGAGGAAGAAGAAAUGCGACGAGAUCCACCCUCGAUGCAGUGAUUGCCGCCGCUUAAACCUCCCCUGUCAAUGGAAAGCCUCCCCGUCAUGCCCCAGCUCCACCGACCCGUCGCUUCCCCCUUCUUCCGAACGCAGUCUAUCGCUAGCAAGCCCAGAUCCGAUCUCCCCUUCCGAUCAAGCGCUCGAUGAUCCGAUAGGAAGCUUAUCCCCAUGGCUGGCUGUGGAAGACAUCGUCAUGCCCGUCGCAUCACCCUGCGGAUCUGCCAACCCUUAUCUGCACAAUGACGAAGAGCGCUCGCUAUUCAAUCACUAUCUACACAUCGUAGCGCGCUCACUGUCGCGGUCCGGUGAUCCCGACGGAAAUCCCUUUCUGUCGAUCCUGUUACCGAUGGCAGCCAGCUCAGACACAGUGACUAGUGUAAUUCUAGGCCUGAGCGGUUGCCAUUGGAAACGCGUCUACCCGGGCAUUUGGAAUCGCGCAUUAGCGCGCCAGGGAAAAGCAUUGGCACAAGUAAAACAGCUUCUGUCAACGGCCGGCGGCCAAUCCACGCUCGAGGCCUGCACAACGGUGCUACUCCUCUGUCUCACGGAGCUAUGCGAUGGCGGUUCUCAUGCAUGGGAGUGGCAUCUGAAGGCAGCCAGUGCACUCCUCGCGUCAGUGGGAGACCAAUCCCUUGAAUGGACAUCGGAGGGGAAGUUUUGCCUCCAGCUGUUCCGAUAUCUGGACUCCAUGUCGACAAUAUCCCGCUGCAAGCCACCACUACUGCGAGAGGAUGCGAAGCUCACCGAUCUUACCGCGGAUAAGUCCAUUUGCAGUUCCCCAUCCGACCCCGUAGAUGCCGUCUCGGGGAUGGCCCCAGCGUUACUCGAACUUCUCGGUCUGGUCAACCUCCUCGCGGCACAUCGUAGCCGGCGCGUGGAUGAACUCUCCGAGCUGGGGUUUCGCACUGCGGCCUCCCAUGUCCAGUCGCAGUUGGAUUCGUGGAGAGCCGAAUAUGACAGCGCCGCGGUUACGGACCACGAGUCGGAUCGAGUUACUACAGCAUUCGAAUGGGCGGUUCGACUACGCCUCCAUCAGGUUGUUGAUGGAUAUGACCCACACCAUGAGAUGGUGGAAACCGCGGUUUCUCCUAUUCUUCAUGCGGUGAUGACCAUUCCAUAUGGUAGUCCUGUAGAGGGAUGCUUACUUUUCCCGCUGGUAAUUGCUGGGGCUAGUACCACAGAUGUUGAGAGACAGAUGUUGGUCAAGGAAAGAUUGAUGGUUAUGGAGAAUACGUUAGGAUUUGGACAUAUUUCGCACGCCCGACAGUUACUGGAGACGGUCUGGGCGGAUGAGGCUGAUAGAAACUGGGCAAGGGUGAGGUAUAGCCUGUUCCCCGGGAUGGUAUUUGUAUGA